AUGCCAGGUUUAAAGAUUGAUUUGUUGGUGAUUAUGGCGCUCAUGCUUGCAUCUGUGCAGUUUCAAGGCACGGCGGCUCAAACUACCCAUGUGGUCGGCAACGCCUUGGGCUGGAAUAUUCCUCCCAACGGACCUUCUGCUUACACCACCUGGGCAUCAACUCAGACAUUCAGAGUCAGCGAUGUUCUUCUCUUUAACUUCAUCACUGGAUUCCAUAAUGUUGCUGAAGUCUCGCAGGCGGCUUACGGCCCAUGCACCACCGCCAACCCCAUCUCCAUCUUCACCACCGGCCCUGCUAGAGUCACCUUGAACGCACCUGGAACUCACUAUUACAUCUGCACAGUUGGAACUCAUUGCCAAAUUGGUCAGAAACUAACCAUCAACGCCUCCGCCAUGUCUGCCACCCCUCCACCAACACCAACACCAACACCCGCCUCUCCCGCACCGGUUUCUCCACCCACAGAUAGCACCAUUCUACAACCGCCAUCAUCAAGUUUUGCUCCAUCUUUCACCGCUGUCGUACCCUUCAGUUUCUUGGCGAUUGCUAUAGCUUUCUUUUAUUAG